CCGGAAGUGGUGGAGCCAACGGCCAGCCAGACCCGUGGCAGUCCCAGCGCUCGGGGUGCUCUCCGGGGUCGGGUAUUUGUCGGUGAGGCAACAGCCCCUUGACGUCAGGGUUGUCGCAUUGGAGAUAAAGUCUGAGGUGAACUAACCUUUUGAACGUGCCAGUAAGUAAGAUGGCGAGAAAGGCAGAGAGUGGGGCCGAUCGAUAACGCAGCGCUCGGCUUGGCGCCCUUUCCGCGUGCGCAGUGAACGUGGGCCCGGAGCUGUCGAUUGGGCAGGAUUCGCGCCUCCAUUUUUCUGGGAGAGAGCGGGAGACGGAGAGCGCCGGACUAGUUGGUGGCAGGGAAACUGUCUUCCUCUUCUCCAAGAUGUACAGAACCAAAGUGGGCUUGAAGGACCGCCAGCAGCUCUACAAGCUGAUCAUUAGCCAGCUGCUGUAUGACGGCUACAUCAGCAUCGCCAAUGGCCUCAUCAAUGAAAUCAAACCUCAGUCUGUCUGUGCACCCUCGGAGCAGCUCCUGCAUCUCAUCAAACUAGGAAUGGAAAAUGAUGACACCGCAGUGCAGUAUGCAAUCGGUCGUUCAGAUACUGUUGCCCCUGGCACAGGGAUUGACCUGGAAUUUGAUGCAGAUGUCCAGACUAUGUCCCCAGAGGCUUCUGAGUAUGAAACAUGCUAUGUCACAUCGCAUAAGGGACCAUGCCGUGUAGCUACCUAUAGUAGAGAUGGACAGUUAAUAGCUACUGGGUCUGCUGAUGCUUCAAUAAAGAUACUUGACACAGAGAGGAUGUUAGCCAAAAGUGCCAUGCCAAUAGAGGUCAUGAUGAAUGAGACCGCACAACAAAAUAUGGAAAACCACCCAGUGAUUCGAACUCUUUAUGACCAUGUGGAUGAAGUCACAUGCCUCGCUUUCCACCCAACAGAACAGAUUCUGGCUUCUGGUUCAAGGGAUUAUACUCUUAAAUUAUUUGAUUAUUCCAAACCAUCAGCAAAAAGAGCCUUCAAAUACAUUCAGGAAGCUGAAAUGUUACGCUCCAUCUCUUUUCAUCCUUCUGGAGACUUUAUACUUGUUGGAACUCAGCAUCCUACUCUUCGUCUAUAUGAUAUCAACACCUUUCAAUGUUUUGUCUCUUGCAAUCCUCAAGAUCAACACACCGAUGCUAUAUGUUCCGUUAAUUACAAUUCUAGUGCCAAUAUGUACGUAACUGGAAGCAAAGAUGGCUGCAUCAAAUUAUGGGAUGGUGUUUCAAAUCGAUGCAUCACAACUUUUGAAAAAGCACACGACGGGGCUGAAGUUUGUUCUGCCAUUUUUUCCAAAAAUUCUAAAUACAUUCUCUCAAGUGGAAAAGACUCUGUAGCUAAACUUUGGGAAAUAUCAACAGGACGAACACUGGUCAGAUACACUGGCGCGGGUCUGAGUGGACGCCAGGUGCAUCGGACGCAGGCUGUGUUUAACCACACCGAGGACUAUGUGUUGCUGCCCGACGAGAGGACGAUCAGUCUCUGCUGCUGGGACUCGAGGACGGCCGAGCGGAGAAACCUGCUCUCCUUGGGGCACAACAACAUUGUACGCUGCAUAGUGCACUCCCCCACCAACCCCGGGUUCAUGACGUGCAGCGAUGACUUCAGAGCACGAUUUUGGUACCGGAGAUCCACCACCGACUGAGCCACCCUCUCCACAGGGGGCUUUCUCGAGAACUCUGCCCUCCUCCCCCACGUCCUGUCUCCAGCUGCGGUCGUAAGUCAGUGCACCAUCUUUGGCAGUUGUGCUGCCACCUCUGUCCACAUCCUUCUUGGAUUUGUAUAAAAGAAUCUUUUUUUACCUUGAUGUAGAAUCAUGGUGGAAAAAGUUGGAAACACAGACCUGUGCAGUUCUACAUUCACUGAUUAUUACAGUGUGAUUUUCAUCGGUUUUGUAAAUACAGGCCUUGCCAUUUCUUUUGAUCUCUUGAUUGAAGAAGGAUAGGGUAUUAAAGUGCUUUUGUCAUGAGGAAUUUUCAUUUGGUUUCUUUUGUCAGCUUGCUUUCUUGUUCUGCCAAACCCUUUGUGUAUUUCCUUUUCAGGUAUAUUUGAACAGAUAAGUAGGCAUGCAGCUCUGAGACCCCAGAGUUGUGCCAUAUCAGGAGCAUUUUAGAGAAUCCCUCAAUUCUGUCCUGAAAUGAUGUUAUUCUGAUAAUAAAGCUCAAAUCUGCAACUUUA